AUGUGGCUAAUCAUUUUGUUGUUGUGUGUGAUUUUAUUACUUUGCCUCUACAAACUUAAUGACAAAUAUUUUCUAUUGUGUCUGUGUAAACGUAUUCAGACUGUGGAUGCCAGUAAACUAGAGGACAAAGUCUGCAUAAUUCCGGGUAAGCUGCCGAUGUUUGCAAAUAAUUUGGAUCUAUUGAAUUUGACACCAGAAACCAUGUUCCAAUAUGCUCGUCAAAGCCUUAGCUAUGCCAAGGGUCAGAGUUAUAUUUAUUAUUUUUUUACGGCACCAAUUUAUAACAUUACCAGAGCCGAAGAUGCGGCCGAGCUAUUUCAGAGCACAACGAUAUUGGACAAAUCGGUGUUGUAUAAAUUCUUAAUACCAUUUUUGGGAGAUGGAUUAUUGAUUAGUUCGGAUCGCAAAUGGUUUAAUCGCCGUAAGGUUCUGACACCGGCAUUCCAUUUUAAUGUUCUGCAGACCUUCAAUGAUAUUUUCAAAGAAGAAAGCCUGAAACUUUUGAAGAAGUUGGACCAUCUUCAAAAGGACGAAAUCGAGGUAAAUGAUAUUGUAACGGAAUUUACUUUGAAUAAUGUGAUCGAAACGGCUUUGGGUGUCAAAUUGGAUAAUAUCGAUGGUAGUUCGGAAUAUCGUCACACAAUACACGAUAUUGAAGAGGUCAUUUUGGAGCGUAUCUAUAAUCCUUUGAUGUAUUAUGAUUUCAUUUUCCGUCUAUUCGGAAGAUAUGACAAACACAAGAAGGAUUUGAAAAUUGCCAGUGAUUUUAGUAGUAAAAUUAUACAAAAGAAAAGGGAGGAGUAUCGUAAGAAGAAGAUGGAAAUGGCAGAUGACUUCGGUAAAAAGAAACGUUAUGCCAUGUUGGAUACGCUACUCGAUGAGGAGGCCAAGGGUAAUAUUGACCAUGAGGGCAUUUGUGAUGAGGUCAACACCUUUAUGUUUGAAGGUUAUGAUACUACUUCGACAUGUUUGAUAUUUUCCAUACUCAAUUUAGCCUUGCAUCCGGAGGUGCAAAAGAAGUGUAGAGAGGAAAUUGCCAAUAUAGCCGACUUCUCUUCCCUGACCGUUUUUGAUUUCAAUAAAUUGGAAUAUUUGGAAUGUGUUCUGAAGGAAACAUUGCGCCUUUAUCCCUCCGUGCCAUUUAUUGCCCGCUCCUGUACAUCGGAAACAAUAAUAAAUGGUUUAAUUUUACCGAAAAAUACUCAAAUUAAUGUUCAUGUCUAUGAUUUGAUGCGUGAUCCUCGACAUUAUCCUAAUCCUACGAAAUUUGAACCGGAGAGAUUUUUACCAGAAAAUUCAAUGGAUCGCCAUCCAUUUGCCUUUGUACCAUUUAGUGCGGGUUCCAGGAAUUGUAUUGGACAAAAAUUUGCCAUUUUGGAAAUGAAGGCAGUUCUGGUGGCCCUUCUGAGUAAUUUUGAAAUUUUACCCAUAACCAAAUUGGAAGAUUUAAUAUUUGAAUACGGUGUGAUAUUGCGGACAAAGGAAAAGAUUUUUGUGAAAUUGAGAAAACUACAUAAAUAA